GAACAGGCCUUCGUCACCAGCCAAUAAGGCAUUGGCGCUGUGCUUGCACAACAGGAGGGGCCAAAGUUGAGGCUUAGAGUACAUGUCCAAGAAAAUGCCGUCUCAGAAGUUGGCUAAGUCCACUUAUGAGAAAGAACUCUAUGCGGUUUACAAGGCUUUGACCCAUUGGAGGCACUAUCUCCUUGGGAGGUUCUUCAUCCUCAGGACUGAUCAUCAGACCCUGAGAUGGAUGAGAACUCAGCCGGUACUCUCUGACGCUCUCAAGCGUUGGAUCGAAGUCAUUGAGCAGUAUGACUUUGACCCUCAGUAUCUGAAAGGGGAGUACAACAAGGUUGUUGAUGCCUUGUCGAGUAGACCUGAUUUCUUAGGUGCGGUGAUUACURAGUUCGAUGUGACGGACAAUGUUACUCAGUCCUUGGUGGAAGCCUAUCRCGAGGAMCACUUCAUGUCUGAGAUCAUACGCAGACUGCAGGCGAAGGACAAGAAGACCUCUGCCGAGUUUGAAUUGGUCAAUGGCUUGCUGUUCCUUGAGAAGGCAGGGAAGAAACGAUUGUGUGUCCCUAGUAGCGAGUCUUUGCGUAGUUUAUUUUUAGGUGAGUGUCAUGAUGCCACCGGCCAUUUUGGGUACAAGAAGACCGCAACUAAUCUGCUGCAGCGGUUCUGGUGGCCCAYGAUGAUGCGAGAUGCCCAGCUGUACGUGGAAACUUGUCAAGUCUGUCAGAGAGAYWAGCCACAUACGCAGGCUCCUCUUGGGCUACUGAAGCCCCUUCCGAUUCCGGAACGACCUGGUGAGAGUGUGUCCAUGGACUUCAUGGAUACUCUGAUCACCAGCAAGAGUGGGAUGCGACACAUCUUCRUCAUCGUGGAUAGAUUUAGUAAGUAUGCUAGGUUAGUAGCAAUGCCGGAAAUAGCAAGGAUGGAGUAUGUGAUCAGAAUGUUCAAGGAGAACUGGGUUAGGGACUUUGGGUUACCGAAGUCUAUUAUUAGUGACAGGGAUGUCCGAUUUACCAACGAACUGUGGAAGGCCGCUGCUGCAAAGCAGGGAACCCAGUUGCAAAUGACUUCUGGGAAUCACCCAGAGGCCAACGGCCAGGCCGAGCAACUGAACAGCGUUGUACAACACCUGUUGAGGCAUUACAUCAAGCCCAACCAGGUGGACUGGGAUGAGAAGCUUGCACUCAUCGCCAGUCUGGAUAACAAUGCGGUACACAGUGCCACCGGGGUGAGCCCGAACAGUUUGCUACUGACUUUCAAGCCUAGACUACCCUUAGAUUUUCUCCUUCCUGAGAAUCAGUCGAUURCUGCACCAGGUACGUUAGAGUUUGCUUACCGAUAUGAACAGAAGAUGCAGCAGGCUGUAGAACAGAUGCAAAAGGCACAAGCGGCUAUGAUAGAAUCUGCGAACAAACAUCGCCGUGAGUCUUCAUUCCAAGUUGGGGACAGAGUCAGGGUUAAGUCCUCAAAAGUGGGACAGGAGCACGGGAUCUCCCACAAGCUCAUGCCACAGUACUUUGGACCUUCGGAAGUUUUAGACAUCGUUGGGACAGAUCCGGAUGGGCCAUCUUAUGUUAUCCGGAUCCCUGGUCAUCUUCGAACUUACCCUGUCUUUCACGCCUCCAAGCUUGCACCUUUCAAGGAAACAGAUGAGUUUCCUUCUCGUCGCUCAAUGCUGCCCCCAACCAUGGAUGGAGAAGUGGACAUCGAUGACAUCGUGGAUCAUAGGAGCUGCCAGCUCAGAGACCUGCAGGAAGGGGACGUCCUCCAAAACCGAAGCUGCAGUACCACAUUCGGUUCAGACAUCAUACUGAUCCCAAGGAGGACCGUUGGUUCACGAGGGAAGAACUCAUGCAGACCGCUCCUCAAGUUGUAGCCCAUUAUGAGAAAUCUCUGAAGAAGGGAAAGCGCCCCAUGAUUGAAGACUGAGCUUCUCAGAGG